ACACUGCAUUUUGUGGCUUGAGCUUUUGACAGUGCUCUCCUCUGACAAUGGCCAAUGUGAACAGUACUAGUUCUACACUCCCAUUUUAUGAAAGAAUUCCGGUGAAGCACACGUUUUCAAGAGUGAUGGAUUCAUCGAUUCUGCUCCUCCUACUUCUUCUUCUUGCUUCCCGUGUUUUCUCCAUUAAUGAUAACAACUACAGUACUUUCCCUUGCUUUGUUGCUUUCUUAUGCGAGUCAUGGUUCACCUUCGCUUGGAUUCUCAUCAUCAGCACCAAAUGGACUCCAGUGAAGACCAUCACCUACCUGGACCGCCUUAGGGUACCUGAGCUUCCAGCAGUGGAUCUGUUUGUGACAACAGCAGAUCCUAUACUUGAGCCACCCAUCAUCACUGUGAACACUGUGCUGUCUCUGUUGGCUCUUGAUUACCCUGCUAACAAGUUAGCUUGCUAUGUUUCCGAUGAUGGAUGUUCUCCUCUUACCUUCUAUGCUCUUGUGGAAGCCUCUAAGUUUGCUAAGCUUUGGGUACCUUUCUGUAAGAAGUACAACGUGCAAGUUAGAGCACCUUUCAGAUAUUUUUCUGAUGAGGCCAUGGCCAAUCAUGACAGUGAUGAAAACGGUUUGGUUGAAUUCAGACAAGAAUGGUUAAGAAUGAAGGAAGAAUAUGAGCAGCUGACACGCAAAAUUCAAGAUGCAGGUCAAAAAAUGAUUCCGUGUCCACUUAUAGGAGAAUUUGCAGUUUUCUCAGAAACUAAGCUGAGAAACCAUCCAGCCAUAAUUAAGGUAUUAUGGGAGAAUAAAAGAAGACUUUUGGAUGGAAUUCCCCACUUAAUUUAUAUAUCUAGAGAGAAAAGACCUGAGCAUCCACAUCAUUACAAAGCUGGUGCUAUGAAUGUGUUGACAAGAGUGUCUGGAUUAAUGGCAAAUGCUCCCUUUAUCAUGAACAUUGAUUGUGACAUGUAUGUGAACAACCCUAAGAUCACACUACAUGCAAUGUGCAUUUUGUUGGAUCCAAAGGGAGAAAAAGAAGUUGCAUUUGCACAAUGUCCGCAACAAUUCUAUGAUGGAUUAAAGGAUGAUCCUUUUGGAAAUCAAAUGGCUGCGUUUCUUUUGUACAUGGCAGGAGGGUUUGCAGGACUUCAGGGGAUUUUGUAUGCAGGAACAAAUUGCUUUCAUAGAAGAAAAGUUAUGUAUGGCCUUUCUCCUACUCAUGAUCACAUUCAAAGUAGAAAGAAGGAGAAUCUUGGUUUCGCCAAUGGUAGAACACUAUCAGGAAAGGAUAUUGUACAAAUAUUUGGAACUUCAAGGGAGUUUGUGGGAUCAGUUACUCAUGCUUUGGAGGGAAAGACAUAUGCAAACAAUGAUGACCUUUGCAAAUCUCUUGAUCUUGAGGCAGCAAAAGAAGUGGCAAGUUGUGGAUAUGAAUGCAGCACUGCCUGGGGUGAAAAGGUGGGUUGGAUGUAUGGAUCAACAUCAGAGGAUGUGCUUACUGGGCUGAAAAUCCAUGCAAGAGGUUGGAGAUCGGAAGGUUGUGGCCCAAACCCAAUGGCCUACAUGGGUUGCUCACCUAGAGAUGUUAUAUGUCAUAUGGCACAACAGAAGAGAUGGUCCUCAGGAUUGGUUGACAUCUGCCUUAGCAAGCAUUGUCCAAUUUUUAGCACCCUGUUUGGUAAGCUCCAAUUUAGAGAGUGCUUAGCAUAUCUUUGGAUCACUACUUGGGCCUUACGUUCUGUUCCUGAAAUUUGCUAUGCUGCUCUGCCUGCCUAUUGCAUCAUCACCAACUCCAGCUUCUUGCCCAAGGAACCAAAUUUGUGGAUCCCAAUUACUCUACUUGUGAUCUACAAGACAACAACUCUAUUAGAGUCCUUGAAAACAGGGUUAUCAAUCAGAACAUGGUGGAACAACCAAAGGAUGGCAAGAAUAACCACCACGAGUGCUUGGUUUUUUGGAUUUGUGGCCAUUUUACUUAAGCGAUUAAGGAUAUCUGACACUGUCUUUGAAAUAACGAAGAAAGAGCACGCCUAUUUUGAUAAGGUUACUGAUGAGAAUGCUGGUAGGUUCAUUUUCAAUGAGUCUCCAAUUUUUCUACCUGGGACAACCAUUUUGCUUGUUCAAUUGACAGCAUUGGUUAUGUACUGGUUUGGAUGGCAACCUACGGUUAGAAUUGGGCGUGGAUCUGGGGUAUGUGAAGUCUUCUGCAGUGCUUAUUUAGUAGCAUGCUAUUGGCCAUUUUUCAAAGGGCUUUUCAGAAAAGGUAAGUAUGGGAUUCCCUUGUCAACAAUAUGUAAGUCAGUGGUGCUAGCUUUCUUAUUUGUGCACUUCUGCAGAAGUACCAUUGCAGAUUGAUGGAUCAUAUUUAUUUAGUUGUCUUGAAUGUAUUCUAGUACUUGUGUAACUGUAGGUUAUGUUUUGGUUACAACUAUCAAGACUGCAUGACAUUAUCUUAUAAUUGUUGGCUAAUUAUUAUUGACCAAAGGAAAUUCUUAUUGAUGAUUGUAGAGCAGAUCUAAUAAUGUUGAGAAGAUUAAAUGAGUGCGUAACAGAAAAAAUGACAUUUACCAAUUAUUUGAUAAAGGUUAUUGACACUUACACUUCAGGGUGAAAAUAUGGGUUGGCGGACCGACUCAACCAAUCCAUCAAAGUGCAAGUUGGGUUGGGCUGACCCGCUUUGAGGA